GGCGCGUCCUCUGGUGACAGCAGCGCCCGGGAAUGCGCCGGGCUGGGAAGGGGCUCUCCGCCCCCCACGCCAGGCCCCUGGGACUGAGCUUCCCCCCAGUGCUCUGGGGCCCUGCGCUGGGGGUGGUCGGGACCUGGGGCGGGAACCCAGGCGCGCCGGUUCCUGAGUAGGGUGACUUUGAGGGAGGGGUAGGGAGAGGGAUUUGGGGAGGGGUAAUGGCCAGGAAAGGGAACCUUCGUGGGGACGCGAUCUGGGCGUCGGUGGGGAGAGGACAGCGCCCUCCUGGAGCCUCAACAGGGCGACCUCGGUUCGCUCACAUUCCCGGGCCCUGAGCGCGGCGCCCGGAAUAGCAGCCCCGAGGUGGGGGUAAGGGCGGUCAGUCCCCGCGUGGCUCCCCCGCCCUGGGCUUCCCAAGGUCACCGGGGCGCGGACGGUCGGACACCAGGCCGCAUUUCUGGGGGGCCGCGGCGCGUGCGGAGCAGUCCCCUGCCGCAGAUCGGCGCCCAGGCGCGCAACGGCCGCGCGGGGGCGCACGGCGCCGCCGCCCCUCUGGACCCCGGCCGGGGCGCGCCCUGGGAGGCCGGGUGGGAGGGGCCGUCCUGGGUUCCCCCCGCCCCUCCUCGCGGGCCCCGCGGCUUCCGCUCGCCCACGGGCAGCCCUGGGAACCUGGACGCGCCGCCUGGGCUCUACGUAGCCGGUAAGUCCCUCUUCCUAUCCCCCCACUAUCCCGGCCGGAGUCUUCUCCCCGUCCCUAAGCUGGGGGUUGGCGAGGCAGCAAUCCCCAGGGUGGGAGAAAGCUCAUCCCCACUUCCUCCUUGGGAAACUGAGGUCCAGAGGCGUGGCUUGCCCUGAGAUCACACCGAGACGAGAGUCAGGACUGCAGCCUAAACGGGGGGUGUGUCCUACUCCUCGGGCAGGGGGCUCUGGAGAGUGGGAAUGGUGAUCCCUCAAGCCCCUCAUUUUGCAUCACCUAGACCCCCACCCCACAAGCCAGUGCUAAGAGGGGAGCGGGUGUCCGAGGGUCAAGCCCCCUCCCCCUACCUCUGCUCUCCAACCCGGACUUCUUCCGGCUUCCUGGGCCAGCCAGUGCUGGGGUUCAGAGAUGCAGCCAGCCUCACAGCUCUGGUCAGAGAGGCGGGGGUGGGUCGGGGGGGACCCACCCCGUGGUCCCCCAGGUUCUCAGCAUCUGGAGCCACCUUGGCCCCAGACCCUUGGUGUCCCAGGUUUGAAUGUCAGAGCCAGGAGAGCCUGAUAACCAGGGACACUGCUGCUCGAGAACAUCCAGUGGGGCCCUGCCUUCCCCCAUCCGCUGCCCAGGACCUCCAGGACUGGAGCCCUCCAGCAUGGCCUGCGUGUCCUUUGGGCACUGCUGACCGCUGGGCUCCAUGGCCCUAGCCCGCCACUUUCUCCACCAACGCCAUGGUCAUGGGGAGGGUGGGGAUGGCAAGUGACUUCAUUCUUCCCCUGACAGAUGGGGAAACUGAGGCCCAGGGAGGCAAAGCCUCCCAGCCACCCUCUCCCCCGCCCCCACACAGCCACCUCUCUCUUCCCUGGGUCAUCCUCAUUGGCAGCCCCUUUCCCUCUGCAGGCGGCUCUGGGGUUCCAUCCCACACCCUCUUCACAUGAGGCCAUGAGGCACCCACUGGUCCGGGGCCAGGUCACCCUGCCCCGUCCCGCCCCCCAUCCGGGAGCUCCUGGCUGCUGCAGGUCCCAUAGAAUCCUGGACUGUGCCCAGCUGGUCCCCACUGCACAGAUGGGGAAACUGAGGCAGGGGGAAGAGGAGCACCUGGCCCCCGGCCACACCGGAAGACCCCGCCCACUCCAGAAUCUCCUGCUCCUGCUGUGGACCCUCCUGAACUGUGGUUUGGGGGGCAACGCUCAGGGUCCGGGUGAGUGGACUCCAUGGGGUUCCUGGAGCCGCUGUUCUAGCUCUUGCGGGCGAGGGCUCUCCGUGCGCAGCCGGCAAUGCAUCCGGUUUCCCAGGGAAGAGCUGUGCUGGGGGGACACCCACGAGUACCGCCUCUGCCAGCUGCCCGAAUGUCCCCCAGGGGCCGUGCCCUUCCGAGACCUCCAAUGCGCCCUCUACAAUGGCCACCCUGUCCUGGGCACCCAGAAGACCUACCAAUGGGUGCCCUUCUAUGGUGCACCCAACCAGUGUGACCUCAACUGCCUGGCGGAGGGGCACGACUUCUAUCACAGCUUCGGCCGCGUGCUGGACGGUACCCCCUGCAGCCCGGGCACCCAGGGACUCUGCGUGGCUGGCCGCUGCCUCAGAGCCGGCUGUGACGGUUUGCUGGGUUCGGAUGCCCGCGAAGACCGCUGCGGCCGCUGCGGCGGCGCCAACGACUCGUGCCUCUUCGUGCAGCGCGUGUUCCGGGAUGCCGGUGCCUUCGCUGGGUACUGGAACGUGACCCUGAUCCCUGAGGGCGCCAGGCACAUCCGCGCCGCCCACCGGAGCCGGAACCACCUGGCGCUGAUGGGGGGCGACGGGCGCUACGUGUUCAACGGGAACUGGGCGGUCAGCCCUCCCGGGACCUACGAGGCAGCGGGCACCCGCGUGGUCUACACCCGCGUCACAGGGUCAGAGGAGACGCUGCGCGCCGCCGGGCCCACCUCCGAAGACCUGCUCCUGCAGGUCCUCCUGCAGGAGCCCAACCCCGGCGUUGAGUUCGAGUUCUGGCUCCCCCGGGAGCGCUAUGGCCCCUUCCAGGCGCAGGCUCAGGCCCAGGGCUGGUCCCUGCGGCAGCCGCAGCCUCGGGAGGUAGAUCCUCAGUCCCCUGAGUCUCCCGCUGCCCCCACUGUUAUCCCCCCACGGACCCCAGGCCCCACCCCAGGUGAGCUGGGGACAGCCUGGGCGGGGGCGAGCAGGGAAGCAAGGCCUGUGCCCCUGACUGCACUGCCCCCGCAGACCCCUGCCCACCCUGCCCUGACACCCGCGGUCGUGCCCACCGGCUGCUCCACUAUUGCGGCAGCGACUUUGUGUUCCGGGCCCGCGUGCUGGGCCGCGUCCGGCAGGCCCAGGAGACCCGAUAUGAGGUGCACGUGCAGCUCAUCUACAAGAACCGCUCGCCACUGCGGGCCCUCGAGUAUGUGUGGGCGCCGAGCCGCUGCCCCUGCCCACCGCUGGCCCUCCAUCGGGACUACCUGCUGGCGGCCCGGCGCCUCAUCAGCCCCGAUGGCACUCAGGACUGGCUGCUGCUCCCCCAUGCUGGCUACGCCCGGCCCUGGAGCCCCGCCGAGGACAGCCGCGUGCGCCUGGCUGCCAGACGCUGCCCCCUCUGAGCCCCUGGACCAGACCUCGGCCACACACGGCUGACCAGGCUCAAAGUCAGCAUAUUUCCCCUAUUGCCAUAGCUUCCAGGGAGCUCACAACUAUCUCCCACCUGCAGCUCUGUGACUCCCCACCACACACACUCAGACACCCCUGCACUCAGUCAGAUCCACUGUCGGAAGCAGGCACGCACUGGUGAGGAUACACUAAAUGGACUCUUUAGCUCUGAUUUCCUCUCUCACCCUGGAAACUCAUAGUUAUUUUACUCUCA